GCAUUUUUCGCGGGACGACGGCGAUGGCAUCGCACUACGAUCUGUUUGGCGUCGCGGCCGACUGCAGCCAGGCAGAGAUCAAGCAAGCGUACCAUGCUGCGAUCCUCAUGAGCCAUCCCGAUAAGCAGAAGGCCGCGGAGGACGUCUCGUCUCUGGACUUUCAGCAAGUCCAUGCGGCGUACCAGACGCUGCGGUCGGCCGAGACCCGGCGCGCGUACGACCUGUCGCUGCAAGAGGCCAAGCUGCGCGACGAGAAGCGCAUUUCCGACGAGGUCGAUCUGGACGACAUGACGUUUGAUGAGGAGAGUGGAUGCUACGCCCAUGCCUGCCGCUGCGGCGAGCACUACUUUAUCAGCAUCGACGAGCUCGAAGACGGGACCGACGUCGUUCCUUGCGACGGCUGCUCGCUCAACAUUCGCGUCUUAUAUGCGAUGGAGUAGAGAGUAGGGAUGGCAGCCCUUGGUCAAAUAGUAUGUAUUCCUAGCGCGUGUCGGUUAUCAUGUAAAGAGCUUAUAAAGCCUCGUGGUAUGGCGACGCGACGGACGACGACGCUGGCGCGCUU